UAAAUUUGUUCUUUGUCUAUAACCUCUAAAUUUUUGACAUGCAAUUAUUCGUUGCCUUAAUGACAAUUUAUAUAUAAAACGUAAAAUUUUUUUUAAUUAUAAAAGAAACAUGGACAAAAAUAAAGAUAUUAUUGUAUGUGUACCAGGACAAAGGUUAUGUAUUUCUGACAAAGUUAAUAUUGCUGGACCAGGAACUUAUGAACAACAAGGCUAUAUUUAUUCGAAAUUAGCUGGUUUAGUAAAAUUAGUAGAAAAAGAAAAUACUCGAACUGUUGAAGUCCAUGGAAUAACAGAACAAAGUAUUGUUCCUGCACCUGGUGAUAUUGUAACUGCUAUGGUUACUAUUGUUAAUCAGAGAUUUUGCAAAUGUAGUAUAAAAUGUAUAGGUGACAUUGUAUUGACAAGACCUUAUAGAGGUAUUUUAAGGAAAGAAGAUGUACGAGCAAUAGAUAAAGAUAAUAUUCAAAUGUACAAAUGCUUCAGACCUGGAGAUAUUAUUCUUGCUAGAGUUAUGCCAAUGACAGAAGGACAUACUUAUCAAUUAAGUACAGCAGAAAAUGAACUAGGUGUAGUGAUAGCACAUAGUGAAGAAGGUGUAGCUAUGAUACCCAUUAAUUGGACACAAAUGCAAUGUCCUAAAACAUUACGAAAAGAGUUCAGAAAAGUAGCAAAAGUAAUUCCAGAGCAUGUUAUUGCAGAUCAAUAAUUUAAUAUUAAUAUUUUUUUUAUAUUCUAUUCAUUUGAAAAAAAAACAAAAUAAAAUAUCAAUUAAAGUA